AUGGAGAUUAAAUCCGACGAAAAUCGACUUAGGGUUAAAACCCUUUUAUCCCUUCCAGCAACCGAAAUCACUCCUCCAAAUCCGGCACUUCAUAAUCUUCCUAAACCAUCUUCGACCGGGAUACCUUUGUUCACAGGCAAAAAUGUUAGCGAAUGGAUUGACCGAAAGGAGCAGGUCUUCUCUUCUAAUUCUGUACCGCCUGAUUCAAAGCUAUUCAUUGCCGAAUUCUAUUUAGCCGGAGAACCCUUGAGAUUCUUAUACGGGUUACUCUAUGCCUCUCAAUUAUCAACGUGGGAAAGGUUUGUCAGCCAGCUAGAGCUCCGGUUCGGUAAUUCCAUCCGGCCGACAGUGAUUGUCAACGUUUGGGAGGCCGGCGAUUCUGAGUCAGAUCAAGGCGGAGCGUCAGUCCCAACGAUUGAAGAAGUUGAUGCGGGUAUGAUGGUGGAAUCCGAGGUGAAAUUAGCUGAGGAGACAUCUGCUGGAAAUGGUAACUCUUUCGUCCAAGCUAUCGAUGAUUCUUCUCAGUCCAGUGAAGCAUUUUCUCAGGAAGAGUUUGGCGGAGAAGGUAAUUCGUCCAACUGUCAGAAUGGUGAUGAAGGAGAAAAUGAUGUUGAUGCAGCAGGUAUUAUCUCGUCAUUGCAACUCGUUGAUGAUAAUUCUGUGGUUUUGAAAGAUGUUAGUGCUGAAAAUUUGAGUUUAGAUGACUGUUCUGUGGCUCUGAAUGAUGUUUCUGCCGAUAUGAGGAAUUUGGUUGGUAAUGAUAGAGAGAUAAUUGCUGCAACCCUGAGUUCGAUGGCUGAAAGUGUUGUUCUGAAUUUGAGUCAUAAAUCCUCAUUUGAUCUUCGUUUCUUAGUUGAUCUUACUGCGGAAAGUGAUCCGGGAGGAUUAAGAAGUCUUUAUAGUGCUAAGGGUGUUACUUGUGUAUUGUUGGUUUUGUCAAAGUGUUGUGAUGCACUGGGAACUACGUUGGUCAGAAAUGCUCAGAUUUGUUAUGGAAUGGAGAUUAUAUAUGGUGAUUAUAUUAGAAAUGAGAGGACGAAGGGUGUUGUAUAUUUUCUGAACACGUUAGAAGGAGAAUGGCCUAUUGUUGGUUCUUUCGAGUCUAGUGAAAUGGGAAACACGAUUUGGAGUUUUCUUAAGGGUUCAAGGAUGUUUCAUACUUACUUGAAGCAUUUUGUUCAUUUGUUAAGCUUUUUAAAUAAAGCAGCUGUUUUGAUUAAAUGGAAGUACAAGCGCAACUGUAAUAUGAUUACCGGUGAAUCGUUGUCAAAUGUUAAUUGUAAUCCCUUAGAAUAUGGUUCUGAUUGGCUAUGUUUUAUAACUAUGGGAAAUCAUCCAAAUACUUUUGCCAUUGGCCCUGGUGAUCAAUUCGAGCAACUCAAAGGUUCCCGCGAAAGAUUCUCAAAAGGAGAACUGCCAGUUAGAGCUAAAUGUUUUCAUUUUGAAAGUAUCGGAAGCCUGGGAUCGGAAAAGCAUGCUAUUUUCUCAAAAAGUGGUCUUCUGUCUUUAAAUCUGUUUGAGGAUGCUAUUGAUAGAUGCUGUAUUAGGGAAGGUGAUCUUCUACUUGAUAUACUUGGUAUUAAUCAACUAGUGAUUGAUGAUUUUUCAUUGUUGAUUACCGGAUUUAAAGGAGGGACUGUUUUAUAUAAAAAUUGGCAGCUUGUUGGUUACCUUGUAAUAAUGUUCUCCUUUAGUUGGAGUUGCAAUAUCUCUAUGCUAAAUAGGAUUGAUGUUUUUGAUAUGAUUAAGACUGGAACCAUCCCUGCCCUAUGUCUAUCCAAAUCAAUUAAGUGGUUCAUGAGAAAGGUAGUGGUUGGAGCUUAUUCUUCCCAAGCAGUUAGAAGAUGGUUUCGUACUGAAAAUGGGAUCUCAAUUGCCGAAAAAAAUAUGAUUGUCAUUGACCAUAAAAGUUUGUUUUUAGAAGGACUAUUGGUUCUUCCUUGUGCAAGAUUUGUGGCUAUCCGUUUUCAUCCAAAAUGGGGCGUUGAUCUGCAAGGUACGGGACUUACGGAGGCAGCCGAAGCACAGCUUCGAAUAUUCAAACUGUUAGUGGGGAUCCUAAGUUCUAUAUUGAUCAAUCAUAGUUUUAAUGAAGCACUGUGCGUGUGGCCUAAUUUGACCACAUGUUUGAGAGGCAGCACAGAAUUUUGUGAUACAAAAACUUGUAUCUUGUUUGACUUGGAGGGUAACUGUCAUUUUGCUCGUACAAGUACUGUAUCGGCACCAUUGGCUUGUCAACUUUGUGCAUUUAAAACCUCGGCGGGAUCAAAGGAGUGUCACUUGCUGGAGUUUCAUGAAACUGAGACAGCAGCAACAACAAGGCUCAAUGGUAAACUACUUGGUCGAGCAAUGGCACUCUUUACGAGUUCAAAUGGUGCUGUUUUAAUUGAGUUGAACUGCAAGCAUGACGAUGAUGAUUUAGACUUGUUUUUGAGUACUUCCAUUACUGCAAAUGAGGGCUACCUAUUUCAAAUUGAGCCUGGGGGACUAGUACAUCUUCACAAUUCUGAAAUGAUAUGUUUCGAUAGAUCAUGGGAUAAAGCGAUCACAUGUUUCAGUGGAGGCACAUUAUUUCGGAUUGAGGCUGAUAAACCUAAGCUGGCCAUUAGAGUGGAACAUGGUGACAGCUUAGGAAGCCUAAACCUUGUGAUUACAGUUGAAGAGGAGAACUUUGUAUGGAGGAUUGCUUGGAAUAUGAACGAACGAAAGAUGACUACCGCCGGAUCCUCCUCAGCAAAAUUUAUCGGACUCAAAACUGUUAGCUUAAUUGUUCUGCGUCCGGAUGGGACGUUUAAUCCUUGGGACCCUGUACUUGAAAAGGGAAUGACCACUCUGGGUUUUGUUCUGGAAGAAGGAAUUGUGAUUGCUGCUGAUCAUCGUGAUGUUCUUGCUACUGGAUCUGGUUCACAUGUUGUUAGCCUGGUGAAAGAUAUGAUACGCACUAUGCCGGGAAUUCAAGACAAAGUUAGCCUGCCCUCUGAGAAGCGCAGAUGCAUAGAGUCUGUAAGUUCUGUAACCAAAGCUGCCGACUUGGCCAAAAUGGCUAUAUGCUUUACUGCCUAUGAAGCUCCUCAUUAUGGGGAUGUUGUUAGUGUUUGCCGCCUAGGAAGUAAUGGCUUCGAAAAGCUCCUUGAGGACGAUAUGGAGGAAUUUCACAAGAACAUGCCCCGUCAUAGGAUCAGGACCGUGGUUAUUGGAGAAGGAUGGUGA